AAGAGCCAGGCGCUCCUGAGCAAUAAUUGAUUUUUGAAUCCUCUUUACCGUUUUGGGGCAAAAGCAAACAAGCUGGUUCUCUCUGCUAAGCCCGAUAAAUGCUAUUUAUGAAGAUGGACCUGUUGAACUACCAGUACUUGGACAAGAUGAACAACAAUAUUGGCAUUCUGUGCUACGAAGGUGAAGCUGCUCUAAGAGGUGAACCCAGAAUGCAAGCCCUUCCUGUGUCCUCUGCCUUGACCAAUCAUCGGACAGGGCCCCCUCCCAUCAGCCCCAGCAAGAGGAAAUUUAGUGUGGAACAAGGGGAUGAUGACCUAGACUGUGAAAAUGACCAUGUUUCCAAGAUGAGUCGCAUCUUCAGCCCCCAUUUGAACAAAAGCAAGAAUGGGGAUUGCCGGAAAGAGCACCGGGAGAGAAGCCGUAGCCCCAUUGAACGUGCUGUGGCUCCCACCAUGAGUCUGCAUGGCAACCACAUGUAUGCUUCCAUCCCCAGCAUCACCAUGGAGCAACCUCUUGCACUGACCAAAAACAGCAUGGAUGCCAGCAGGACAGUUGGCAUCUCCCCAACAUUGACCCCUGUGGAACGCCAGCAGAACCGCCCCUCAGUUAUCACCUGUGCCUCUGCGAGCAAUCGUAACUGCAACCUCUCCCACUGCCCUAUUGCCCACAGUGGGUGCGUCUCAUCUACACCAGCAAACUACAGGCGGCCCCCAAGCACUACCACUGCAUGCGACCCUGUGGUGGAAGAGCACUUCCGUCGGAGCCUCGGCAAGAACUACAAGGAACCGGAGCCCGUGGCAAACUCUGUGUCCAUCACGGGGUCGGUGGACGACCACUUUGCCAAAGCACUGGGCGACACGUGGUUGCAGAUCAAGGCUGCCAAGGACGGGGCGUCCAGCAGUCCCGAGUCAGCUUCCAGGAGAGGGCAGCCGUCCAGCCCUUCUUCCCACAUGGUCAAUCACAAUCACUCCCCCUCUGUUGUCUCCUGAAGAGAGGACCGCCGCCACCUCCUCUCCUGGAGAACAAGUGAAUCUGCAUGGUUUGCCUGAGCUUUGAACAGUCGAUGCUUAAAUGGAAAAUAGUGUGGGGAUGGG